GUCAUUCUCGUUUUUGACCAAUUCCUUGUUUCUCAUCACCAGUGAUGAUGACCAUUCUGCUGCCUCUCUCUCCAAGUCGUCACUGCUGUACAGCCAAAGAAAAAACUUUCGAUUUUCAUACACUAAUCGACCCUAAAUAACUAGACCAUCACAAGCCAAAAGCAAGAAGGAGGCCAUAUUUUCUUUCUCUACUAUUUUUUUGGUAAAUUGGAAAUGCAACAAUUCGAAGGAUGGCUCCAAAUUAAACAGUUCGGCAUAUUCUUCCUUGGUGUUGUGGUUGGCAGCUUUUGUACGAUUAUUCUCUUCUUCUACGGAUGCUUCAAGUCCUCCACACUGUCGGCGAAGCCCACUGAGAGCUCCGGGGAUUCAGGGAAUUCUGAAGAUAUUGAAAGUCAAGAAACACAAAGACCACCAGCUUAUUCAUCAUUAAAAUUCGACAAAAAGCCGAACACAUGCAAAUGCUGUCGUGUGCUAUCAACAAAACUAAAUUCAAAAAAUGUUUCAAAAAAAUAAUAAAAAGUGAUUCUCUCUGCCUUCUCUGUGUCUCUCAACACCCCCUCCCUCUA